AUGAACAAGGAAGGCCAGGCUGUGCACGUCUACACAUCAAACGCCUCGAUGGGAAAUCGCGCAUUUUGCAGCAACGAUGGGGAUAUGCUCAUCGUCCCUCAGCUUGGAAGACUUGACAUUCAGACGGAAUUCGGGAGGUGUCAGGUCAAAGAUCAACUAAAUGUCGUAGACGUCCAGGAGUUGUUCGGAAGCCGUUACGAACUCCCGGAGCUGGGCCCCUUUGGAAGUAACGGCCUGGCCUUGCCACGAGAUUUCGAGUUCCCCAUCGCCUCUUUCGACAUGGACAACUCUGAGUGGGAAACUCUUAACUCCGGCGGCAGUUACGUUCCGUUCAAAUACGCCGCCGAAAAGUUUAUUACUGCAGCUUAUACAGACAAAGACCAAGCCGACCCCAGCCUUUAUACCGUCUUGACGGCCAAGUCCAAGAUCCCCGGAGUGUCGGUGACGGACUUCAUGUUCUUCUGCCCCAAGUACUCAUCAGCAACCAAUACCUUCCGGCCUCCGUACUACCAUCGUAACAUGGCCACCGAGGUCGUAGGAAUUGUGUAUGGCGAUUACAAGGGCACGAGUCGCAACCUAGAAGCAGGCGGACUAAGCUUUCAGUCGAGUUACAUGCCUCACGGUGAAACACACGAGGCCUUUGAGAAAGCUACGACAAGCGAGUUAAAGCCCCUCCGUGUGGGCGAGGGCUUCCUCGCGUCCCUGUGGGACUCGAUGCAAGGCCACUUUUUCGAACACGUCCAGGAGGUGAACGAGGAGUUGAAGAGACGGGGACUGCCGGUCCUCGGAUCAACGACCCAGUGA